UAGAUGGGACAUAGAAACAAUGUAACCGAAUUUGUCCUCCUGGGCCUCACUCAGGAUCCUGAGGGGCAAAAGGCAUUAUUUGUGAUGUUUUUACUCAUCUAUGUUGUGACAAUGGUGGGCAACCUGCUCAUUGUGCUGACAAUUUUUGCCAGCCCCUCUCUGGGCUCCCCCAUGUACUUCUUCCUUGCCUACCUGUCACUCAUGGAUGCUGUGUAUACCACUGCCGUUUCACCUAAAAUGAUUGCAGAUUUGCUCCGUGAGAAAAAGACCAUCUCCUUCCCAGCAUGCAUGGGCCAGCUCUUUAUAGAACACUUUUUUGGGGGUGCUGAGGUCUUCCUUUUGGUGAUGAUGGCCUAUGAUCGCUAUGUGGCCAUCUGCAAGCCAUUACAUUAUAUGACCAUUAUGAAUCGACGAGUUUGCAUCCUGCUCUUGGUGGUGUCUUGGGUUGGCGGGUUUUUGCACUCCGUGGUACAACUUCUCUUUGUGUAUGAUCUCCCCUUUUGUGGCCCCAAUGUCAUUGACCACUUCAUCUGUGACAUGUACCCGUUACUCGAACUUGCCUGCACUGACACCUACUAUGUUGGCCUAAUAGUGGUGGCUGAUGGCGGAGCCAUUUGUAUGGUCAUCCUGACUCUUCUUCUAAUCUCCUAUGGCGUCAUCCUCAAUUCCCUUAAGACUCACAGUCAGGAAGGCAGGCGCAAAGCUCUGUCUACUUGUGGUUCCCAUAUCACAGUGGUAGUCCUGUUUUUUGUUCCUUGUAUUUUCAUGUACGUUAGACCUGUUGCCACCUUUCCCAUUGAUAAAUCCAUAACUGUGGUGUUUACUGUGAUUACUCCCAUGUUGAAUCCUUUAAUAUAUACCUUGAGAAAUUCAGAGAUGAAAAAUGCAAUGGAAAAACUCUGGUGUAAAAAAAAGUAUUAG